AUGUAACUCACUCAAAAACCAGCUACUAUCUAUUAAGUACGUUAAUCAUCAGUUACACCACCUUAAAAAUAGCAUCUCAAUCCUAACUAUAUGAGUUGUUAAAAAAUGAGAAUGUAAUAUUCCAAUUCUUAUAUUCAAGGAGCAUUAUUGAUUAAUUAUCUCCAAUCAAAGAUUUACCUGUUAAUCAAAGUCAAAGAAGUUCUUUCUAUUAAGUUAGAGGCAAAUCUGGAUCUACUGCCACUUUAAUGCCAAAUAAAACCUAACCUAAUAGAUUAUUAGAUUCUACUAGUUUUAAUACGACCUUGAAUUACACAUAAGAAACUCAUUUCGAUAAAAAAAUUAAUACUGUUCCAAAAGGAAUCAAAAUAAAUAGUUUUGAAAUUUUGAAAGAUUAACUUAGAUUUGCAAUUUGCUAACUAGAAGAUCUUAAAAAAUAGUUUGAUAAAGUUGUUUAGAGUUAAUUCGAUUAACUCAUUUAAGUGAUCAAAUCUUCUGCGUAAUUAUCUAAUUCAUUAGUGGAAGAAAACUUUUAGAUUAAAAAUUAAUUAAAUUCAUUGCAAAGAAAUUCAGAGUAUGAUAAACUCAAAUUAAUAAUGGAACAAUUACAACAAAAAAUCACUGUUUUGGUUAAUGAUAAUUCGNCUGAAACAGAAGCUGGAUAUUUCAAGAGAAGAGGAAGAGAUUAUGAAGAUGCUCUCCAUGCUAUUGAUGAAGCAUCUGAUAUCUUAGCCACAAUUUACAGUGGAUCAGGAUCAUUCGCUGAAAUCAGCAGAGUUUCAAAGAGUAUGCUCUAAACUGCCUUCAACAUCAAGGAAACUGCCAAGUUUGCACCAGUCUUCUAUGCCUUUGCUUAAUUAGCUGCUUAAGAAGGAUAGCUUGAUGAAUCAGCUCUUGAAAGAGUUGCUUAACUUUUGGAAACAUUGAGAGCCAACAUCUAAGAAGCUUACAAUGAUUUCACUGAAUCAAACGCUGUUUCAGUUGCUGCUUUCAAUGACUAAAAGGAUAGAUUAGGAUAAACCAUUGCUAGACUUGAAGCUUAAAACGAAAGACUUUAAAAUAAGCUUGAUUCAUUGAACUAAUAAAUCGGAACUCAAUCUGCUAUUGCCUAAACCGCUUCAGGAAAACUCUAAAGAAACCAAUAACUUUGGGAUUAAGCCUAAGCUUUAUGCUCUACCUUUGCCAAUGAAUAUAAUUAUGCCACCUAAGCCAGAAGAAACGAAAUCUAAUUAGUUGCUUAAUUAGAAGAGAUGGUUGAAGCUAGAUUCAAUUAAGUUGAAGAUGAAAACCAUGAAAGAAACCAAAGACUUGCCAACCAAGCUUGAUCUUGUUUUCAUUUUCAUUAACCAAAAAUAAAUUUAAUUAUUC